AUGGAAAAACGGGAUGAUGGGACGCCCAAACCUUCCACAACCCGUGUCCAAACCCUGUCAAAUGCUGUGAAGAUCAGCCCACAAAAGGUCAGCCAGCUUUUAUUUUGUGUCUUUUUCAAUUUAGAUAUCAAAAACCUUUUUGAAUGCGCUUUCUAUGUUCAAGGUCAUGUUUAAUAUCAGCUGAUGUUUUCGCGUGAUUUUUGAUGCCUCAGCGAUGUGUUAUUGGGUUGCAAGGACCGUAAAUAUCCUAAGCCUUCUAUCAGAACCGUAGAACUGACCUUUUUUGAUUAGAAGUAAUAGUAAUGGGCCUUUAACUUGGAAGUGUUUUCAUAUUAUUACUAGUAGGCAUUUAGAUUGUAGUUUUCUCGAAUUGCGCAAGUUCAACAAGUCUAGAAAAAAACGGUUCAAAUACAAUUUCUACUAUUGCGGGAACUACAAUUUAAGUCUUACGAUUAUCUUAUAGUAGGUAUCAUAUGACAACAAACCUUCAAUUUGGCGAUGUUUCAGCGCUCCCAUUCACCUCAAACUACUCCUUGCCCAUCAACAAGUCGAGUUGUUGAAGAUGAAGCGGGUAAACGGGCACGAGUUGAUCCAGAAGAUGAGGUCCGACCACAAUUACAUCGAGGACUUUCAAGGGAGGAAAUACGGGCAUCAGCGACAAUGGAGACACAAAAUAUGCUGGAAGAGCAAGCAUCUACUCCUAUACCUCUAAGAAGAUGUAAGUUUGUCGCGAUUUCUGAAAUUUUAUUCUGAAUUUAGACAUUUUAGUCGAUUAGGGUCACACAGCCAAGUGUAAUAUAUAUAUAUUUUUUUAAAUUUUAGCCCCACGUCGUGUCUCAAGGGACCAUCUUGCACCGAAUUCUCCCCUAAACACUCCUCCGGGUUACUAUUCGCCUGCGCCUUCGCAGCGUUCCAAUCUGCCCGAUCUGCCCUCUUGCUCUUCCGUGAGUGUGAGCUCGGUGGGGAAUGUGAAGAUGAACCGGAAAUUCACGUCAUUCACUUCGAACCCUUCCCAGGAUCAGACCGAAAAAAUUUCGGACGAGGAUGAGCCACUUCCCGUGUUUGUCCAUCAGGAAAACCAACAGUCCUCAGGAAAUGUCAUGGAAAAUGUACAGUCGAGAGAUGAGAAUAUGAACUUUGAUCUAGGACAGGACAGAAUUGAGAAUGCUGAGUGAGUGUUUACUUUUUUUGUUGCGAUUUUAGGCUGUGACUCGUCUUUAAUAUCAAUUUUCGUUAUGGAUAAUAUAGUUUUGAUAGCAUUCUUGGUGUUUUAGGGUCGCAUCUACAUCGCAGCCAGCUCUUGGAGAUGUGAACCCGUCGGCAAGGCCAGAAUCUGCCCGACCAGGGCCAAAGAAAGUCAAAUUUCACCAUGUUGAUGUAUAUUAUUUCGAUCUCUCAUGCAGCUUUGAUACAGUGCCUCCGCACGGCGGAAUCCCCAUUGGAAUGGCGCAAACUCACAGGGAUUACAAGCAGUAUAGUUGUGGGAAACAUCAGAGUGUUUCACAACUUGAAAAGGUAAGAAUUUUUAUAUUAUACUAGGCAGUUUUCGAAAACUUGAUGUCUUUGUUCAAUUUUUAGAGUAUGAAAUACAUCCACAUCAUAAAGCGACCUGCUCGUGCCGAGUCGUUAAGGUCGAGACGACGAACGGCAGACGAACCGUCCAGUUCUGGCACUAGUGAGAUUAGUUAUGAUCCUGCAGUCUUUCAACAUUUGGACAACAAAUUACGGGAAGCCUUGGCCAAAGAGGCCAAUAUACAAUAUGAAUAUGUAAGGGAGGCUUUAAAAAUUGUUUUGCUGUUCGAUUUUUAGGUUAAUUUAUAUUACUUUAGCCGAUCACCGAGGAAUGCCAAGAAAUCCUCCAAUCGCGCGAUUCCUGUGGCUGUCAAUGCCCUGAGGGCAAGUGCAACUCCCAGACUUGCCUGUGCGCCCUCUCAAACAUUGAAUGUCAAGUUGAUCGCCCCAAUUUCCCAUGCACAUGCACCUCGGAAACCUGUGGGAAUCCCUCGGGACGAGAUGAAUUCAACGCUGAGCGAGUGAAUAAACAUCGAGCAGAAGUGUUGGCACAAAAUCCGAGAAGAGGAAAGGGAAUCAAAAGACAACCCACACCGGGAACUUUACUCAAAGGAGUUUUGAAGCCAUCAAAGAGUACGGGAAAUCUGGAAAAGCAGGGAAAUCAGGAAGAAAUGAAGCUCAAAACCAAAAUCACCACUCAAUUCAGCUCUCUCCCAACAGGUAGAUUUUAUUUUAUUUGUUUUUUUUUUGAUCUCGGAUCGAGGCCUGUCAUUUUUGUGGAGACUCUAGAAAAUCCGUCAGGAUGACAUGUUUUAUUUUAGAGUUUGGAAAUAGAUUUUGGAAAAAUUAAAGUCAAAAUUUGUGAUUGCCAGGUAAAUUAUUCCAAGCCUUUGCUUGUUGACAAAUAGAUUAAUGACGUCAUGAUGACGGAUUUUAUGGGGUCUUUAGAAUGGAAUUCGCUCGGUUCGGACUGCUCCAAAAUGGUGAGAGGUGAAUUAACAUGAUGUUUUCAGUAUCUUCAAGCUUUGAAAACGUCACAUUACGCAAGAGAAAGCCGUCAAGUCCGUCGUUUCAUCAACCCGCCCAAAGGUACUAACCUAGAAUAGAAAAACAAAUAAAUGCCAUGUGUAAUAUGUCAUAACCUAAUUUCUUUACGUUCGCCCCCGUCAGUAGCUUCUCCAGCCUUUUUUUUUGGAUCUAAAAACCCUCUUUCUGACCUCUUAUUUUACAAUUUUUCAUUAAUAUUUAACAAAUUCUCGGUUUCUAUUUGAAUUUAACGUUGUAAAUGUGUUGUACUUAGUAAAUGCUAAAAGAAAAUAGUAUAAUUCUGUUGCCGAGUUUGUAGAAAAGUGGGGUUUGCUGUUUCGGAAGUGAUUUUUAUGUUGUUUAGUCGGGGUGGAUAAUAAUUUGUGUGUUUUUUUUGUUGUUUUCGUUGACUUUUUUUUAUUUCCUGCAGCUUCUACUAACUUUGCACGUUUUUUUCUGUGUUUUAAAGCCCACAAUUCGCUGAUUUUUUUAGUUCCAGUCCAGAGAACCGACCUCAGCCAUCAAGUGUAAUAUCGACUCCUCAGACGCCAAGUGUAGCCUCAACUCUAUCCCCGGGCUCGAAACGAGAGCUAUCAAGUGGAACGGCAUCGGGAAUUCCAGCAAAAGAAGCGAGGUUUGAGGCAGAACCCGCCAUCUACGAUCCAUUAUCACUGUCGCAAACUACAAGAUUAAUCAGUGCGGAACUGGGUCUGAACAUGGAAAUUGGGCAGCCAGGAAGUUCUGGAUUGACCUACCAACAACAUGGGCCAAGUGAAUUGUCGGAGAGGCCAAGCCCGUCGAGAUUUGAUCAAGUUUCAACAGGUCCAAGACCGGCCAUGGAUCGACCCGGUCCGUCUGGAUUCAGCCAUGCUAGAGGUUCGAUUACAAGGGAAAGACCAAUGCUGGGAAGAGCUCAUGGACCCACAAGGCAUGCGUUGAGAGAACCAAGCGCUUGCUCAUCUAUCCCGUCUGAUCCAGAGACCGAUACACAAAGGAGACUUCAGCUCCAAGAGCAACAAAGAGAACGGACCUCCUUCCCCAUGAUGACUCAACAUCAAAGAGUAAGUCAUAAUGAGUCGCUGCAGAAGUUUGUUUGUCUCUAUCUUGAACUUGAAGCUAUUUAUAAUAAUUUUAUUAUAUUACACAUGCCAUGGAUGAUAUAAAUUUUUGAUUUUUCUUAUAUUAAACUACUUUUUAGGAUGUCCAAAACUACCUCUGCAUGGAAGCCAUGUCUCUGAUCAUCCGUAAACAUCAGCAUGAAACGCAGGAACGCUUCGACAGCCAACAACGGACCAUUUCUGGAUUAGUGGACACUAUCGCCAAACUUCAAAAAGAGGUCGAGAAAAUGAAAUUCAGUGAAGAACAACGAGCAAAUGCACCGCCACAGCGAAGAAGUCUGCCGGAUCGACCAAUCGUGAAGGUUCAGAUGCGAAAAGGCAAGGAUCAUGUCUUCAGAAGCUCCAGUGGACCAUCAACGGCAAAGCAACUUGAAGAAUCGAGGAGGGAAAAGGUGAGUGUAAGAAAAAGUUUGGAUGGUAGUGUGUAGUGAAGUGUGAAGAAUUUGGCAGGAACUGGGACGAUUGGGGAUGGGGGAAAGGGCGAUUGGGGAAACCGAAAAGUAUUAUUUUUCUUCGACGCAAGUGUCGAAAUGAGGAUAAUUGAGGGUGCUGAUUUCGAAAAUGACAUUCAUUUUUUUGAUAGUUACUUUUUUCCUUAAGUAGUACUGUAAACUAGUAAUCUAUUUAAUUUUUUCACAAGUACUUUAUUUGGGGGUUUUCGAUUGUGCUGCUUUCAAAUCAGAAAAAAAUGCAUAAGAUUUUCGAAAUCAACACCAUCGAAACCCCCUCAAAUCGAGUAUUUGUGAAAAAAAGUUAAAAAAAACUGCUUUACAGUACUACGGAAAAAAGUAACUAUCAAAAAAAUGAAUGUAAUUUUCGAAAUCAGCAACCUCGAUUAUCCACUUGCAUCGAAGAAAAAUAAUACUUUUCGGUUUCCCCAAUCGUCCAACUCCGAAUUUAGCAUGGUAUUUAUCUUUGAUUUUCAGAAAGAAGAAUCGCCUCAGGAAGCGAAGAUUUCGCCGGAUCGCAGCGUCAGAAAACGGUUGCAUGAAGAGGACGAAGAAGAACCGGAACAAAAACGAAACAACAGUGACUUGUUUUACCCGGAAUCAAUGGAAUUCCCGGACGAAAUACCGGUCAGAGAUCAAGAAUAUAGCUUUGAUAUCAGCCGAGAUGUUUUUGCCAGUUCGAUGGACGAGAAUCAGAACGAACAGCAGAACCCAUUUCUGCUUCGGACCGGAGUCUUUGAAGAUAUUUCGGCCGCUUUCCGACAAGAUUCCGCCGAACAUGGCCCCAAAAACGAGUCGACGAACCCGUUCCUCCCGGAGAAUCUGUACAACCACAAUCUGGCCAGAAAUGUUUUGGACGCUUUUCAGAAAUCGCCCCAAGGUCAGAGGGAGAAACCGGCCAUUAGAAUUAAUGAAGAGUCGGCCAGCGAAAAGUCGAGCGAGAAGACGGACAAAACCGAGAGGAACUCGACCUCGGAAGAGAGGAAACAGAAGUUCCUGACGGCCUCGAACCUUCAGAAUUCAAUCGGAAGAAGUCUUUCGGCUACGACAACAACAACUCAGAGCAGAAACUCCUCCACAGAGGUCCCUGUGCCGCAACCAACCAUGGAAAGCAUCAUGAAAAGAAACAAUUAGAGUAAGGAGGGGAAAGGAGUGGAAUUUGAGGAAAAUUUUUUAAAGUUUAGUUUUCCCGCCAAAUUUGGCAUUGUGUUGCAAGUGGUUUUAGAGCAUAAAAUUGGGUUGGAAUAGUAAAUUAAGGUUAAGUUGUGGUUGUUGCAAAAUUUUUAGAGCAAUUUAGACGGUUGGCUUUGAUUUUCAGAGAUUUUUUUAUGUUAUCCAUGACGAUUUUGAAGGUUUUUGGGGUAAAAACAAAACAUAAUUUUUUAUGGCUUUCGAAGCAAACGAAGAUAUGAAGAGUAGUUUUGACGGUGUUGGAAAGCCGAUAGUUGCUUUUAGACACGUGAUUUUUCUAAUUUUUGCCUAGUGUAAUAUAUUUCUUUGAUUUUUUUCAGGGUUUCCUUAACUUCCCAUCCCACUUCAACAAAGCCCGGAUGA